AUGCUAUUUCUGGACAGCGGCACAUAUCAAUGGGCCUUUAGCAGCGCGUUGCGCUCGGCGACCCUGCCCUAUGUGAAUUUAGCCACAAAUGAAAACAUUCAUGGUCUCUUGAAAGGUGAACACUUCUUUCGCUUUGCAAUUACUGCUUCCAGACUUGGCGAAUCUGCCGAUUGA